UGCUGCCACGCAUCAUUGUCAAGAGCAUUCUCCGGCUGAUAUAAUUCAUUGUAAUGUUCCUGACAUGGGUAAUGACUUCUCAAAUUUAGUGACUAUUUUUCAGCUGCGAUUCAUUUUCACAUGCACAACCGUAACCUCGGGAGCAUAGAGGCAAGAGGAGUCAGUGAGAACGAGGCGUGUUGCACCGUCUUUCAUCGGUCUGGUUUUCGCUCCAUCUUCAUUAUGAACCUGCUAAACUAAUUCUUGUUACCAUUGGGUACAUAUCAGUUGCUGUUAUUUCUGAAACAAUGCCCGAUUUAAGUGUUGGAUCCAAGCCCAGUAGUAGAACCUCCGCCUCAAGAAAGCGCUCUGUGUCUAAACUGUCACCUUCUCUAAAGGGUCGGGAUGCUAAACAAUUCAAAGGUAAGACAUCUUCCACCGCAUCCAAACCUAUGCGCCGGCGUCGAUCACACUCUUCUUCCGCCUCCCAAUCUUCGGAUUCUUCAAGUUCGGACUCCGGUUCAGAUUCCACUGCCUCAAACACAACACAAUCCUCGUUGGAAUCCCCGAAACAAUCUUCCAAGCUGAAAGAUUCAAAGUCUUCUUCUCGACACAGACCUAGCAAGUCUAACAAGCUGGACCCCACCACUCUCCCUUCUAACAAAUCUACAGACGUUCGCCGUCCACAAGAAGAUUCAAAAAAGCUGGCUGUUAAACCUUCUGAAUCCUCGGAGUCCAAAGAGGUACUUCACGGCGAAGCUGCUCCCAAGCAGAAAAAUACCAGCUCUUUAGCAAUUGUCAGCGAAUCGCUAGCGUCGUCCACGGCUGCUCCCCCACUCGAUGUGGCAAAUUCCGUAGACGAUAAAAAUGCACCCUCACAAAAAUCGCAACCGUCUGUGAAGACUACUACAAAGCCUGCUAAAUCCAUGGAUAUUGAAGUGGCUAAAGAUAAGAAGGAAAAAGGCAAACAAUCCGCUGAGAUUCCAGCGUUCACUCGCGUUUUGGUGGAAAAGCUUACGCGAAAUGUUACGAAGGCUCACGUGGCGGAAAUUUUUUCCGUUUGGGGUGUGGUACAGAGUGUGGAUAUGCCGCCUGACCGACUUCACCCUGAGUUUAGCCGUAGCUAUGCUUACGUGACAUAUGACGACCCCAAGUCUGCCGCUGACGCUGUCAACUUUAUGAAUGGCGGGCAAGUUGAUGGUGAAGUCAUCCGUGUUACCGAAGUCUUCUCUCGUUCAACCGCUCUAGGACGUACUGAACUCAGGGCAGGCUCGAUCGACCGCACCCAACACAAUGAUAGAGAAAAGGACGAAUCUAAACGGGCACCGGAGAGCAUUAGUGCACCAACUCAGAGUAACAAAGAAGAGAGGCGUUUGGACGAAUCCACAGAACGCCGGCACGAACGCACGCGCCCCAAUGAAGAAUUGGAUCGACGUCGGGAUGCCCGUGAACGUGAUCGGGAACGCGAUCGUCAGAGAGAACGCGAAAGGGAGCGGCAGCGUGGUCGCGAUCGACCUCGUGAACGUGAUCGAUCUCGCGGAAGUAGGCCACGCCGAGCCAGGCGUGGAAGUAGCGGCAGUCCGUUUGCUAGCCGUUCCAAUCUCCACCAAGAGCGACAACGAUCACCUAUGGUUGGCUCGCGUUACCGAAGACCCAGCCCUCCGGCUUCAAGGACUGAGCCUUCAGGUGGCCGGCGUGCGCGUUCACGUAGUCCAAUGAACAAGCCUCAGGCUGCCGCACGAGCUGCUGUGGAUAGCAAGACAGCAGCGGCUCGCCGUGGCCGCGGGGUUACAUCGCGGUCAUCAUCCUCAUCUUCGUCUGAUUCCGACUCGUCCAACUCUUCUACCUCUAGCUCCCGCUCUGGAUCGAGCUCAUCUUCGAGUUCUAGUUCAAGUCGCUCCCGCACUUGAUCUACAUUUUUUGUACGUGUUUCGCCAUUACACCUAACAGUCCAUCGCGUGCUCAUUGUUUUAGAUGGGAGUAAUAAAAUGUGCGCUAUAAA